AUGAAGCUGGCCAUCCUCUGCCUGUGUCUGGCGAGCACAGCCGCAGCUGCACCUGUAAGUUUUUGAGGAACCAACAGUGGGUCACCAUGUCUUUCAACUCAGUGUUCAGCUUUAUCAUUUAUUUCUCUUCACUUUUCUCUUUCUUUCAGUCCUUUUUUCAUUACCUGCCUCAUUAUGCAGGUGCCAGACAGGUGCCCCCACAGCAGGUAAUCCUGAUGUUUGCUGUUUAACUUCUGUGCAAAAAGGGUUUUGGUUUAAUUAUGAAAAAUGUCCGCUGUUUGCCACACUGCAUGAAAGGAUUCCUCCUGUUGAAUCAGUGUUUUUAUUUCCGUUCAGGUGAAAAUUCCCUACACUGCUAAUCAGGGUCUGCCACAGCCUGGAUUGCCUGGUGCCUACAGCGUGGAGUUUGUAAGUCACACUCCUUCUUAAAAUCACUCAUUUUGGUGAUAGUCAUUGAAAACGCUUACAGUACAUGUCUGUUUGUUAGCUCUACCCACACCGGCCUGUUGGUGGCGCAGCUGGAUCAAACACAGCCCAGGUCAGCACUCUUUAAAAAAAAUGAAAACAAGCAGUUAGAAACCACAGCCUCACAAUGGGCUGCUCCUCACUGAUUUCUUUUGUUUUCUUCUCUCGCUUUCCGCAGCCUUUUCCCUCCCACGGUUUUAUCAAGUACUCCAUCCCUCAGCCACCAGGCAGACAGAGCGUGGAAGUUGUAAGUGUUUUUUUCCGUCUUGUAUUUUCCCCUCUUUCAGGUUUCAGACUCUAAUGGAACUGAAAACACUUCAAUUACUGUUAUAAACAUGCCUGGAACAAAAGAAAAUUGUUGGGUCAUUUUGUUCUUGUUUUGUCUUUUCUACAUUUGCAGUACUACCCCUAUGACUUCUAUCAGCAGAGGGUACAUUUCAGACUUCUUUUAUUUCCAUUUGCAUAAAAAAAUAUAAAAUAAUUGAUCUGUUUUCACUGGGACUAAAUGCUGACUGACUGAUUUUCCUUUUGCUUCAGAUACUUACAAACAUCCCUCCUAUGACGAACGUCCCUCAGAUCCCAAAUGUGAGAUUUCAUUUCUUUAUUCUUAAUCCUGCUUUUUGAUCUUUCUGUCCAUAUUGACAUGAGAGGUAGAAAAAUCAACUCUUCAAUCCGUCUGUCACAGGUGCUGCCAUUUGACCAUCCACCCCAAACUGUCCCACAAAUACCAAACGUAAGAAAAAUCUUAAAAUACAUGUUAAUGUUUGCUCUCUCCUCAUGCAGUUUUUCUGAAAGUGACUUCUCUCCUUUCUUAGAUUCCUACAUUUGAUGCCAACCCCCUUCCAUCCCAGGACCCCCUGCAGCCCCUCCAGCAGGACCAGCCCACACAGACAAGCCAGGUACAUUCACGAAGAGUAAACACCAUGUUGACUAAAGCUGCCGAGCUAAACUGACUCAAGUUGUGUUAUGUAACUCCGCAGAUGCCAGUGAAGGUGUGA